AUGUUUUCAUUAAUCUUUGAAAAGUCUCUGCAAUGUCGACCUCACGAUUUAUGCGGGUCCCAACCGCUCAUAGGGCCUUUUCCCAGUCACAAUGCACGCUACCUUGCUAUCCCUGACAAAAGUCACCCCAAUAGCCUGUGCGAUGAAGCCGUUGCAACGAAGCUACUGUAUCCAACCAAGCACUCAACUGAAAGCAAGGUAGAGGUGAAGGGCAGGAGUCACCUCAUUGCAAAACUAGAGAUCACUUCGCAAAUUCUCGUCGCUCAAGGAGAGGAACCAGCUGAAGAAAACAACCAGAAGCGUCAAGCGUUGAAGACGAAACUAGCACCAAAACUAAACCGACGCAGAAAGAGUAACCAGUUGUCCUCCAACGACACUGAUAUGCGUGAUAUGGAUGAAUACUUCGAGGUUCUGUCGCCAGAAGAUGUCAGCUCCUUCUCAUUCAUUCUCGAACCAACCACGAGUAAGCGGUUCUGUCGAGAGAAGAUCGAAUUCUGGCUGCCGAAAAACCCACACGAGAUAACAAUGGACUUCUCCCGUCCAGGAAUGGUACUUCUUAGACCACAGGCUUUGAUACAUGCUACUUCCAGGCCCGCUAAGAAGAGUUUUCCAUCUAAGAAAGUUUCAACUACCCAAAAGUCUGUUUUGGACGCUAUCGCGGAACCACGCAUUUCAACAACUCUGCCCAUUGGUGAAAUUACACGGUCUGGUGAUCGGGAGAAGCAAGCGGGUUUGGGUUUGAACGAGGUCAAUCCAAUCCAAAAAUUCAAACCCUACACGUCAAAGAUCAUCACCCGAAACCUACCUGAGAGUCUUAGGGAACUUCUUACGAAGCCUCUCUCGACAAGCGAUUUGAAGUUUAAGGGUUCGAUGUAUAUAUUUUGGCAGCAAGGCAAUUUUGGAUACCUGAAGAUUGGACGCUCGGGAGAUGUUCGUCGCCGUUUCAAGGAAUGGUCUAAUCAAUGUAAGAAGGAUAUGGGAAUUCACUUUCCAGACUUCGCGCCAGAGACAAGCGAUGGCCAGCGAGCUUUGAAAGAGGUUGCCCAUAUUUGUCGUGUCGAGGCUCUGGUUCACCUAGAAUUGUUGGAGCACAGAAAAAUCGAAGAGAAAUGCCCAGGCUGCUCUCGGAACCACAUUGAGUGGUUUAAAAUCCCAGAUGAAAGAGCGAUAGCUGUUGUGCAGAAGUGGAUGGCUUGGAUGGGAACGGAACCGUAUGAGAAACGAGGAACGGGAGGUGAAGAAAAAUGGGAGCUAAAAGCCAGAGAAAUGGAGCGACUAAGAGAGCUUAGUCAACCUUUAUUUCCCGAAUUGGUCCCAGAAUCUCAGGCUCGGGAAGAAAGACUGGCUUCUCUUCGUCCUAGAGCUUCCUCUUCAACCCCAUGGAGAGGUGGAAAGGACAAAUUGGGACGGAGAUCAAUUUAG